ACAUAGCCGGCUUUGCUGGAUUGGGACAGACCCUGUGUUUGAAACUCUGUGCCGCCCUAUCAAACGUCGUCGCAAGGACGCUUUUUUCAGCCUACUGCGUUUGUUUGUAGUUUGAAGUGUCACUCGCAUACACCGAUUCUUUAUACUUCUGAUUUACGGGGUUUAUUUUAUUUUAUUUUAUUUAACAUAACCUGCAUUGGUUUUUUUUACGUGGUUUUCAGGCGGACAACUCCUGAGCAGUUUAAUACGCUGUGUUGUUUUAUAUUGAUAACUUUUACGAAGUAAAUAUAUCGAGUGUUAAAAGUUUCGAUAUCAAAACAGAACAAAAGAAAAAAAAAGUACAACUUGUUGCCACUUAAAACUGCUUUGAAACAUCAGAGAGGACAGAAGCUCAGUUGCUGGCUCUGUUUGUCUUUAUGUGCACGCGCCAUGGCGGAAGCAGCAUCUCUCUCUGCGGGACUCAGUCUGAGUUCUUUCAGCUCGCGGGCGAAGAAAACAAACAGCAGCAGUGUGGCCGCGACCGCGAGACGAAACAGUCGACAAAGCCAUAAGAGGGACAUUUACAGUCGGGUUGUUCUGGAGAAAGUUCUGGGUAUCACUACAACCAGCAACAGUGGUUUGGCUUGUGAUCCUAAUACAGGCACUGUUGCAUAUCCUGCAGGAUGCGUCAUUGUUCUCCUGAAUCCAAAGACUAACAAACAAAGUCACAUCUUUAAUACAUCAAGAAAAACCUUCAGUGCAUUGGCGUUCUCACAGAAUGGAAAAUAUUUGGUCACUGGUGAGAGUGGACACAUGCCCUGUGUGAGAGUGUGGGAUGUGGCGGAGCGUACUCAGGUGGCAGAGGUCCAGUGCCACAAGUAUGGAGUUGCCUGUGUUGCUUUUUCUACAAAUGGCAGCUACAUCGUGUCUGUGGGAUUUCAGCAUGACAGGACAGUCAGCGUCUGGGAGUGGAAGAGGGGGACUGUUAUUGCAUCCAAUAAAGUGUCUAGUCGUGUACUGGCCGUCUCCUUCUCUGAGGACAGUAGCUACUUUGUAACCGCAGGAAACAGACAUGUGAAGUUUUGGUAUUUGGAUGCCUCCAAGGAGAGACGUGUGAACAGUACAGUACCCCUGAUUGGUCGAUCAGGAUUGCUAGGAGAACAUCAGAAUAGUGAAUUCUGUGAUUUGGCAUGUGGUCGUGGCACUGUGUCGAGCAGCACAUACUGUAUCACCCGCACUGGUCUGCUGUGCCAAUUCAACAGCAACCGACAGCUGGAUUUAUGGGUUGACCUCAAAACGUCUUCAGCACACUGUCUAUCUGUGAGCGAAGCUUUCAUUUUCUGUGGCUGUGCAGAUGGCACAGUUCGUGUAUUUAGCCCACAAAACCUGCAGUACAUCACCACACUGCACCAGCCCCACUGUUUAGGAGUUGAUGUGUCUCAGGGCAUGCAGCCUCAGCCAGAGGCAGAGUAUCCAGAUACCUUGGCCCUGACAUAUGACCCUACGACUGGCCACCUCAUGUGUGUAUAUAAUGACCACAGUGUGUAUGUUUGGGAUGUGCAUGAUGUCAACAACGUAGAGAAGGUCUACUCUUCCCUGUACCACAGUGCUUGUGUUUGGAGUGUUGAGACCUACCCAGAGUUGGAAGAUUCAGCUGCAGCAUUGUUGCCUGGAUCUUUCCUUACCUGUUCAUCUGACAACACCAUUCGUCUAUGGAACAGUGAUCUUCAGCAAAACCACCACCAAAGCUCUAACCUAUACGGUCAGGACUUGGUGAAGAUUGUGUAUGUGGAUAAUGAUACUGGGCACCUUAAGGCCCCACCAGAUAAAGCAGAGGGUAACCAAGAUGGCAAAUUUGGAAUCAGAGUACUAGGAAUCAGUCCUGAUGGCCAGCAUCUGGCAGCUGGAGAUCGUAGUGGAAACCUACGGAUCUACGGACUUCAGUUCAUGGAUGAACUUCUGAGGAUUGAGGCCCAUGAUUCUGAGAUUUUAUGUCUGGCUUUCUCUCCCACAGAGACUGGUGUGCAUCUGUUGGCCUCAGCCGGUCGUGAUCGACUCAUACAUCUAUUCGAUAUGGACAAAAGCUACAGUCUUGUACAGACUGUUUAUGAUCAUUCGUCAUCUGUGACCGCCAUGAAAUUUACAGGUGUAGGUCCAAAGGUGUCCAUGGUAAGCUGUGGUGCUGACAAGAGCAUUUACUUCCGCUCUGCUGAAAAGACUUCACAGGACCUGGCUUUCUCAAGGUCACAUCAUGUGGUAGAGAAAAGUACAUUAUAUGACAUGGACCUGGAUGCCACACUCUCACACACUGCCAUUGCCUGUCAAGACCGCAACAUUAGAGUAUACAAUGUGAAGAGUGGCAAGAUGAAAAGGUGCUUUAAGGGCUCCUUGACCGAUGAUGGCCCGGUGCUUAAGGUCCAACUGGAUCCUUCAGGGAUGUUCCUGGCCACCAGCUGCUCAGACAAGAGCAUCUGUGUGUUUGAUUAUGAGACUGGGGAGUGUGUGGCAACAUUAUUUGGGCAUUCUGAAAUUGUUACCGGUAUGAAAUUCAGUCCAGACUGCAAGCAUCUAAUCACUGUCUGUGGUGAUAGUUGUGUGUUUGUGUGGCGACUGUGCUCUCAAAUGACUAACUCGAUGAGGAAGAGACUGGCAGAGAGGAAACGGAGAGCAGGACUGAGGAACUUGAACAGAGGUACCUGCAAACAACAAGCCAUCAGGAGAGAAACCUACAUCACAGUACCAUGCAGUAGGGUGGGUGAACCAAAAGAGGGAGAAACAAACAGCUGCUUGGAGGAAAUGGAGGAUGUGGAGGAAAAUCCCAAAACUCCAGCAAGGCUAGACACUGCUUUGAGCAGUCUGGAUAUCAUGAUGCCACAGACCAAUGGCCGACUCCCUAUGUGGGCCCGAAGAUUGGGUGCUGGAGUAGGCAGCAGCAGUAGCAGUGUGGAUCCACAGAGAGUCCCUCAGUACCAACCACAGGGGCGCUGGGCUGCACAUGCUGAUCCACUUGCUAUCCGUUCUGUAUUGGAGACCAGGAGCCUACAGCUCCCUCUCUCUGACACUCCCAGCCGGGCAGAGGAGGAUGAGGAAGAGUGUGUAGAAGAGAAAGAUGGACGUGAAGUGGACUUUCACCCUCAGAGUCUAGAUAGUCUUUUAGAUGAAGAAGAGGGUGGAGAUAUAGAUGAAGAGGAGGACAUUGAGAGGGUGUCUGAACAGUGCAGUUCUUUGCUUCAAGACACAGACUUGCAGUAUUUUAGCCCAAGGCUGAGCUCUUCAGAGAUCACUGACUAUGCUCUGUACCCGGCCAACAGCACUGCUCUAUCCACCAUAGGAGAGGGGGAAUUUGAUGUGAAGGCACUUGAAAUUGACCCAGAAGAAGAGGAGCUGAGUCCUGACAGUGCCUGCUCAGCUGAGAGUGACCAGGUGCACAGUGACCAGGCCCACGACCAGGACACUGACUCUCUCAGUCAGGCGAGCUCCGUUGGUAGUUCUGGAGUGGAGGAAGAGGAGGAUGAAGAGCCUGCAAAUCUACUACGCCAACACUAUGACUCUUUAGCAGUAGGAUCUAAUGAAAAAUUUAACACAGACCUGCGCAGUCUACAGCCUUCCAAUGAGAACUUCCUCAAUCCUCGUCUAAGCAUUUCUACCCGUUUCCUCUCACGCUUCCAGAGCCGCAUACGUGGUACAGUGGCAGCAAGCAGUCGUGUGUGCAGACCUGGAGUUUGCCUGCCUAGUAUUCCAGAUGAUUCCAGUAGCUUGGAAAGCACAGAGGACAAUUCACAACUAAUUUCUAAGGCCUGUAAUUCAAAUGCCAUAAGAAGUGGUCAGAAGAAAAGUGAGAAAACAUUAAUCUCCAAAGAGAAUGACAACAGCGAUUCAGGCUUAUUUGUCCCCAAACCUGACAACACGACCUUUGAUGCCACCUGUCAGAGUGAUGUGGAUAUUACCAAUGCCAAGGCUAAAUCUACGGAUGAGAAAGCUUUGUGCUCAGAGCAGGAAAAUAAUCAUGGAAGUGAGAUGCUCUGGAAAGUCUCAGUGCCUAAUCAAGACCAUAGUGUGACUCAAGACAGUAAAGAAAACCUCCCUUCUCGACAGCCUUUUACCUCAAAGACACAUCCCCCAAAUCCAGCACUACUUGCGGAAACUCUUGCUCAGGGUAAUCUCAGCCCCCGCACUCCCUUCCACUUGGACCUGUCUUACCCCUUACCACCUGCUCUGAAAAACCAGUCAGAGCCUAUGAAUCCUUUGUGUAAACAGUCCAUGUGGAGUCCAAGAGGGAUGAAGUCGCUAGGAAAAGAAAGCCAGAAGCAGAUCAGUUGCAUUGAGGAGAAACUGAUACCCAAGGUGCCCCACAGACUGUCAUCUGACCCUCUGAAAGCACUAGAUAAAGACAGCUGUCUUGUAGCACCAGGAAUUCAUGUGGAAAAUACACAAUCAGCAUCUCAGUGCAACACAGUAAAAUCAGCAGUACCAGUGCCCACAGUAGAUGGACCUAACCCUGGAGACCCAGAUGAGACAAUAAACGUGCAGGCAUGUAAGGAGAUUGUGAAUGUCCUCCAGCACACCAUGCAGAAAGCAGCCAGCUUUUAUAGCAAAUUGCAGGGCAUCAGUGAGUUGUCAGAGCAGCAGAUGCAGAUGAAAAGCAUGCUACAGGAAGCAUUUGGUGGGAUUCUACAGGAGAUUCACUCUCUUUGUCCCCAGGAUCUGGACUCUGCUGUCGCUCAACUUCCAGAAGACUCUCCAGGUCGUCAGCUUAGGGAUGAUCGUGCUAUGGCCCUGCUGGAGAGAUACUCUGAGAUGCUUCUUUUGCGCAUGGCUGAAAAGAAGUUGGACUAAAGUUGAAUAAUUGUCUCAGCACAGACAGUAAAUCUGCCAGAUUUCUCAUUAGUGCUGAUACUGCAGUGUCUGUUUACACAAAUCUGCUUACUUUUUUUGCACAAAAUCUAGCAUAUUUUGGUCCCAUCUCUUAUAUAACUGCUUUAGUUAAUUGCAGUUUCCUUCAGAAUUGCAUUUCCUAUGUCCAGUCUUUGAGUUCAAAGCACACAAAUUAUUUAUCAUUGCAGAAUGACUUUUGCUACACAGUAACAACCAUUUUGCUGUUUUUGUUUAAAUUUUGUUUGUGCAAUGCAAUAUAAUUUGGUUGAACACAUUCUCUUUCUAAAAAAGCAAGUGUUCAACCAAAUUAUCUUGCAUUUUAGGUUUUCUAAGGUUGCUUAUGAAAUGCUGUUCCAGCCAUAUAAACCACAAAUGAAAGGGAAACCCAGCAGAGUGUCUUGAUUAAUGUUUUUGGGAUAUAGCGAGCUGUCAGCAUUUCUGAUGCGAUGAUGAUGGUGGUGGUUUGCCAUUGAUUUAAAGUUGAAACAGUAUUACUUGAGUUGAAUACUCGGUGAGAGACAUACUCAUCACUUUUCACAAGCUUGUUGCAGUGUUAUUUUUUUUUUUAAUCACAUUGGUGAUACCACCCUGUCACUAUGUAUUAUGCUUUCUCCUGUCCCUGUUUUGAGGACAGUUGCACAAAACCUGUUGAAUUGGUCACAUGUCCCUUUGUAGACUGCAGUGUAAGUGUUGCAAUUGUUUGUCUAUGGUGUAUAUAUGUAUAUACCCCAUAGACUUGCAUACAUUUUAUAUGUAUGUCUAUUACAAAGCUUUGGCUUUGUUAUUGGCCAUUUUUUUUUAAGUAUUUGUAAAUACAUUUUA